GCCGUUCUGGCGCAUAACGGUAUUGUACAUGUAUAAUGCAUAUAUAUAUAUUCCCGAUGUCUAGAGUGCAGCCGACGAUAAUGGUGAUGAUGAUGACGAUGAUGAUGAUUCAGUCAACUUGAAUUCUGCUGCAGCCUGCAGCGACUGACUGCCUUUGAUUCGUAUAAAUACAAGUCCGGGCCUUUUGGCAGCGUGCAAAAGGCAAGGAAAAGCGCCCGCAGACAUGUCAUCAAACAGAAUCCGGCCGGAGUUGGUCCUCCUGCAGCUGCUGCUACUGGCGGCCACACUAAUCCCUUUGCUGCAGGCCGGGAUAGUUACAGCACCGUACUCCGAAUCGGAUUCGGAUUUGGAUUCGGAUCCGGACACCACCGCCACCACCAUCGCCACCACCGACAACUACAACCCGCAUGCGGAGGAGCUGCAACUGGAAUCGGAGACGGAGGCCACUGCUGCUCAAGUGGAUGGCCAACGCAUCGACUGCAAAUUGACUUUCGAUGCGGCGACAAUGGACUCGUUAGGCUGCCACAAUGAGGGGGCGUUGCCGGAGAGGGGGGCGUUACCAGGCAGUGGUAAUAAGCCGGUGGAGGAGAUGCCUGCGGCAAAUCCGGACUGGCGGCGCCACUUGAAGUCCCCGGACAGUCAGCCCAUCUAUGAAUUACAAUUGGUUGUUUGGCCCACUGACAUCGAGGAUGGUGAUGACUUCAGUCCACCGCUGGCCACCACAACAACAACAGAAGCAACAACAACGACAGCUAGGACCACUAGAGCCACCAGUAGCACCACUAGCACCACCCCCAAGCCCACCCAAAUUGGGACACCUAUUGAGCAAAUAUGGCCAUUGUACGAGGAUCAAUUGGUUGUAUUUCCGCAAAUGGACUUUGAAGAGGAGAAUCUUGAUUAUUUCUUCGACGAAGUGCCACCACCCACUUCACCGACCACCGGUCGCCCGGUGACCACCAGUCAUCCCACGGGAACGCCCACUCCCACGCCCAUUUACGUUGUGCAAAACUAUCACGUUAUACACCCCAAUGGCACCGAGGAGUACAAAUUGGUGAUGAGCAACGGCCUGGUGAACUACAAGAAGCUGUACUCCAAGAAAGUGGGUGACCGGCUGAUCAACGUGCAGGAGGGCUACAAUUCGGUGCCCAUUCCCGGACCCAAAAACCAAAUCCAGACGCAGUACUACAUUGCCGACGAGCGGGGCUACAAUGUCUAUAGAAUCGAGCUCCACUAUCACCAGCCAGGGUUGCCCAAACAUUUGCAUUACAAAGCCACAAAAGCGACCAAUAUGUGAAUGAGGAUGGGCAGGAUUUCCAGCUGGCGGCACAGUGGUGCUAACCACUAGCCACACUAAGUAAACAUAUAUAUAUUUUUUUUGCAUUUUUUUUUAUAACUUAUUUUAGCUGAAGAGUUGCCAAUAAAUUGUAAAGAAAACUGGUCGUAUUUUUAUUUAGUUUUUGCUUGUGAAAUGAAACAACAUUUUUUUAAAUAGAUUA